CUGAAAGCCUGAAACACCAUCGAUCAUAUCUCUUCUAGGCAGCCACUGCACCAUGGGCAACGGCAAGGUGUACGCCACGGUGGUGCUCAUCCGGCUGAUCUAUGCCGGCAUGCACAUCCUCACCAAGGCGUCCUUCAACGAGGGCACGAGCACCACGGUCUUCGUCUUCUACCGGCACGCCGUCGCCGCCAUCUUCCUGUUGCCUUUCGCGUUCCUUGAAGUCAGGAAGCGACCGGCGCCACCUCUGAACUUGAAGCUCUCUGUCAAGAUCUUUGCUCACGCCUUCUACGGGAUGGCUGGAACGAUCAACUUGUACUGCAUUGGCCUGAAAUACGCUUCAGCGACCUCUUCCUCGGCCAUCUUCAACAUCGUGCCGGUGGUCGCCUUCAUCUUGGCCGUCAUGUUCAGGAUGGAGACCCUGAAGCUUAGGAGCGUCCAUGGCAUAGCCAAGGCCUCCGGGAUACUCCUCUGCGUCGGCGGCGUCAUCGUGCUGGCGCUGUACCAGGGCCCCGAGCUCAAGUCCAUGAACCACCACCAGCUCCUCAAGCACCACGCCAGCGCCGCCGCCGCGCACGCGCAUUCCAGUAAGGAGUGGGCGCUGGGGAUCUUCCUGAUGACAACUUCCGUCGGGAUAUGGUCUUUCUGGACAGUCAAGCAGGGACCCUUGCUGCUGGAGUACCCUUCCAAGCUCCUGAACACGACGCUGCAGUGCGUGUUCGCGAGCGUCCAGUCCUUGGCCGUCGCCCUCGUCCUCGAGAGGGACUUCUCGCGGUGGAAGCUCGCCGGCGCUGUCAGCCUCGCCGGGGUGCUCUUCACGGGCAUCGUCGUGGCGGCUAUCUCGUACUACCUGCAGAUCUGGGUGAUCGAGAAGAAGGGCCCAGUGUUCCUGUCCAUGUCGAUGCCGCUGAGCCUCGUCUUCACCAUGGCCAUCUCCUCCUUCCUGCUGGGCGAGGACGUCAGCCUUGGAAGCAUUAUCGGUAGCGUCCUCCUCGUCGCCGGCCUCUACAACGUGCUGUGGGGCAAGAGCAGGGAGGAGAAGCAAGCGGUGGACGGGAGGGACGGCAACGGCGGCGACGGGGACGUGGAGAAGAAUGCGGCGGCCGUGCAACCGGCGGACGGGGAGACGACGGAGGAGGAGGAGGGGGGCGGCGGGACGGCGCGCGACGCCGACGCCGACGCCGACGCGGCCGCCAAAGUCUGACGACACGCGUCCGUGCGGAUCAUGCGUGAAUGCGAUCUGCUGAUCACGGCCGGCGUGGCGGGCCUGCGACCGGUGCUUGUGCGAUCACUGCGGAAAGGACGACGCAGGCAGGAAAGAUCAGACGCUGAUCGAUGUGUCCUCCUGCUAUCUGAAAGCGAUUCUUCGGCUGCUCAGCGCCCUACGUGUGAUUGUGUAUGCACAACCGGUUACUGUUUGUGUAAAUGUGCACUGCGAUGUACAUCGCAUCAAGUUAAUUUCCAAGUGAUGGUUGAUUCUA